AUGCUUCGCGGGUAUAGCUUCUUGGUUGAGCGAGAAGAGAGAGACGUCUUUGAUAUGCACACACUGGUGCACAUGGUGACGCAUGCAUGGGCCCGGACACGACAUAACGAAGUAUCCGGUUACUCACUACCCAAUACGAUCUCUCAUCUCGACCAGAUAUUUCCAGACGACGAAUGGGAGAAUCGCGAUAGAUGGAGACAACUAUUGCCCCAUGCCCUGAAAACCCUAUUCACCGCUCAGGCCGACCUGGACCCGGAAGGAUGCCAUUUGGGAUUUUGGGUUGGUCGCUGCUUGCAAGUUGAUGGGCACUAUCCUGAGGCCUGCCAAGUACUUCGCCAGGUGGUGGCUGUCCGGAAAGGGAAUUUGGCAUCCGAUGACUCAAAAGUUCUCACUUCACAACAUGUCCUUGCCAUGGCAUGUAUAGGUAAUGGGCAAACAGCACAAGCGAUCGAGAUCCUAGAGCAUGUGGUCAAUAUACGGGCUCAAACACUACAAGAGGAGCAUCCAAACCGACUAGCAUCACAGCACGAGCUCGGGAGCGCCUAUCUUAAGAAUGGACAAGUAGAAGAAGCAAUCAAGCUGCUGGAGCAUGUGGUCAAUAUACGGGCUCAAACACUACAAGAGGAGCAUCCAGACCGACUAGGAUCACAGCACGAGCUUGGGAGGGCCUAUCUUGAGGAUGGACAAGUGGAAGAAGCAAUCAAGCUGCUGGAGCAUGCGGUCAAUAUACGGGCUCAGACACUACAAGAGGAACAUCCAAACCGACUAAUAUCACAGCACGAGCUUGGGAGGGCCUAUCUUGAGGAUGGACAAGUGGAAGAAGCAAUCAAGCUGCUGGAGCAUGCGGUCAAUAUACGGGCUCAGACACUACAAGAGGAACAUCCAAACCGACUAAUAUCACAGCACGAGCUUGGGAGGGCCUAUCUUGAGGAUGGACAAGUGGAAGAAGCAAUCAAGCUGCUGGAGCAUGCGGUCAAUAUACGGGCUCAGACACUACAAGAGGGACAUCCAGACCGACUAGGAUCACAGCACAUGCUUGCAUGUGCCCUAUAUCAGAGAGGGCAGAUUAGAGAGGCCAUAGAGCUUCUAGAACAUGUGGCCAGGGUGGAGAAAGCGACGCUUCGAGAGGAUCACCCCCACCGCGUCGAGGCAGAACAACAGUUGCAACGGUGGUACAGUAGGAAUGGUAUCUUCAAGGAAGUUUGA